GGACGAGCGAGGGCGCGCCGAGAGGGAGUCUGCCGUCUGUGCGAUGAGCAGGCUGAGGCUUUGCUAGUGAGCCGCCGAUUUCCGUCCUUCUUUUCCUGAUCGCUCAGACACUGAGGUCGGCCUCUUAGGAAGCGCCACGCCGCCCCCCAGCUCGCCUACAACCGGGCUUUUGGGAGCCGUCCGCUGCCUGCCGCUGCCUGCCGCUGCCAUAGCCGGCGAGCCCCCACCGCCCCUCGGCCGCAUUACUUUUGUUCCCGAUCGCUCUCGCGUGUAAAAUGGAGAAUCAAGACGUCAUACAAGACCAGACGGUCAACUCUACUGCGGAGGACCAGAAGCAGGAAGAACCUCAGUCAGAGCCGGUCGUAGCGACCAAACAGGAGCCGGAGCAGCAGCCAGAACCUGUGUCUGCGGAGUCAAACGACCCAGAACCGGAGAAAACCGCCGAGCCGGUACCCGAGAAGAAACCAGAAGAGACCACAGAACCACCUCCGGAACCAGAGAAGGAGCAAAAUGCUCAAGCAGAAGGUCAGGUGGCCAAGACUGAAGAACCAGCCCCAGAAAACGCGCCCAAAGGAGAGGUGGACAAGAUCCUGGAAAAGACGGUGGACCAUGAGCAGGAUAAAAAGGUGGAGGCCAAGAUAGAGAAGCCAGAGCCACAUGCCCAACCAGAGCCAAACGAAGUGGCAGGAAAGUCGGAAGCUGAAGUGGCAAAGCAGAAGGAAGCGGAGUCAAAGGAACAGGAGAACCAGACAGGAAAGCAGGAGGAGGCGGAGUCAAAGGAAGAGGAGAAUCAGGAUAAGCAAGUGUCAGAUGAUGCGCAAGCUACGGAGAUUGCCGAAGGUUCGUUGUCCUUCACCUUCCUUGAAGAUGAGGCCACCAUGGUUUUGGUCCGCAGCUCCCGAACCCUCUUUAUUGUGAGGGGCUUACCUGGGAGUGGAAAGAGCAAACUGGCCAGUACUAUUAACACCACCUACCAGGGCCUUUGCACCGUCAUCUGUGCUGAUAACCAUGGCAUCAAGCCUGAGAAGUCGUCAACCUUUGCGGAAGGGUUUAAAGGCAUGGAUGCAGCGAUUGUGGAAUGCCUGACCUCUGAGAAAGAGGUGGUGGUGGUAGAUGAUACGAACCACACCCACAGUCGAGUUGCCCGUCUGGAGGAGCUGGCAGAGGAGCACCGGUACUUGGCCUUCUUCGUUGAACCCCGCACUCCUUGGAACCGCAACGUGGAGCAGCUGUGCCGGAAAACCCACCGGAAACUGGACAAGAAUCAGAUGCAGUCCAUGGUGAACACCAUGUCCGAGACGUCCCUGCCCUUCUUUUUUGGCUGGUUUCUGUUCUCGAGCUACCAGGACAAGCUGAGGAGCAUGGCUAGCGAUUUCCUGAAGAUGUUGGGCAACCUGGAUGCAUUCAAGAAACACAUUGGCGACUUUUCGGGUGACCCCGAGAAAGAAGUGGACUUGGAGCAGUAUUUCAGCGAUAAGGGUGCGCUGCACUGCACCACCAAGUUCUGCGAUUAUGGAAAAGAGCAGGGGGCCAAAGAGUACAUGGAGAAACAGGAGGUGCGUGAGUCUUAUGGCCGGGCGUCGGAGCUGGAGCUCACGGCCCUGUUCAUCACACCUCGCACGGCCGGAGCGCAGGUCUCCCUGUCCGAAGCGCAGCUCCAACUUUGGCCCGAAGAUUCCGAAAAAGAGGACCUGCCCCGCGGAAGCCGCGCCCACGUGACGUUGGGCUGCGCUGAGGGCGUGGAGCCGGUACAGACAGGUCUGGACCUGCUGGAGAUAAUCGCACAAAAGAAGCGGGGCGAGGAGGGUGAGAAGAUCCAGGAGCUGGACUUGGGUGCCCUCACCUACUACGGCAAAGGCGCGUGGAUGCUGAGCCUCAAGGAGCCGAUCCGGGCCCAGUCCUGCUUCUCCAGCUACUACGGGCCGAAGAAGGGGGAUGGCGGGAAGGAGAGUGAGAAGAAGAAGAAGUUGAAGUGCACCGUGAUGUGAAGCGGGUGGCAGGGCCAGCUUCAGAGUGCCUAGAUAGCUCUUCCGCUAGUGUCUGUUGUGGGCAAAGCGUUAAUCAGUCCUCCUCAGGUUCCUGUUGGAACACUUGGGAUGAGUCCACCCUUAGCCUUCUGAGAACCUACUCGCACCCAACCUUUUCUUUCUUCUCCCCCCCCUCCACCCACCUAUCUGCUUUUCCUACAUUCCCUGGCUGACGCGAGUCUUUAAUGCUGUGGCGGUGAAUGUCCUGGCGCUGCUUCACAGUCCGUUUUUGGUGAGGGCCUGGUCAUAUCCGGGUAUGCGCUGCACUUCCGCGGUGGCCCUAUCGGGCUGCACUUAAUAGCAGGUCAGCGAAAGCCUUGAGGACGACCGCGUCCGUGUUCCGCUUGUGCUUUGGUGCCUUUUAUUUUGACGGCGGCCGUGGGGGUAAAACGAGAGCCUUCGCCACUAUGACUUCCUCUAGAACCCCCUGUCCCUUGCUUUCACCAAGUGUUAAGUGUUUAAGGCAUACUUUUAGCCUUUUAUUGGGUGUGUGCUGUAUUUUCUACUAACUAAAAUGUUUGAUGCGCAUAAUGAACUGACCGAAAAAGGUGUUCCUGCUCUUACAAUGUGCAUGCUGGGUGAAGUCAGUGAAUCCUGUACUGGUGGUUCUUUUAGUGGUACGUGUAAACCCCCCCCCCCCUUCCAAAACCAUAUCACACUUCUUUUUAAACUACUUGUGAAUUAGAAAGGAAAUUGUGUCUCUAUGAUGGCUGUUUAGUGUGUACGCGAGGGUUAAGCAAUUGUACUUCUUGCCUUCAUAGAGAAUAGACCAAAGGUUUUGUGGGUGUGAUUUGUGAUUGUUAAAACUGUGAAAACUCUUGCAGGAUUUUGUUCCAGCAAAUUACUUGUCGAACACAGCAACGCACGAACGCUGAACAGUUAUCAGUGUAUGGUGAUAAAUGUAUGUCGCUUUAGGAACUUUAUUAGUCUGCACUUCUCAGUUAGGAUGAUUACAGACCUGCUUACCAGUUGCAUAUAGACAGAAUUGUUAAUCUAACUCCAUUUUAAGCUUUUAAUCUCCAUUUUGCACAUUCAAUGACAUUUAACACCGUAUAUUGACUGUUUAGAAUAGCGUGUAGGUUUGUAGUGCUGGAAACCGUACUAGCGUAGUUCCUAGAGCAAGUGAGGGGUCUAUUUUUGCACCUUUUUGAAAUUUUUUUACACUUAAUAAAGUUUGCUUGGGUUAAAAUAA